AUGGCCAAGAUGCACGGAAGCCAAUGUGGCUUCUGUACCCCGGGCAUUGUCAUGAGCCUAUAUGCCUUGGUGAGAAAUGCCUGGGACCCGGAAGAGAGCGUGUUCCGGUUGACUGCGAGAGAUGUGGAGCUGGACGGCGAGAGCGCACCAUCCCCCGGGACCUCAAUAUCGAGCCAGGGGGUUCUGAAAUCGAACCCGGUCCUGGAGCUUGGCGGCACGCUGACCACGAAGCCAAACCACUAUGACUUCCAGCCAUAUGAGCCUGGAACAGAACUGAUAUACCCACCCUCGCUAUGGAAGCACGAACGGAAGCCCAUAUGUUACGGAGAUAGCUCAAUGCUCUGGUUCAGGCCGACAACGCUCGCGCAGCUGAUGGAGAUCAAGUCUAUCUACCCGCUUGCAAAGAUUGUGAGCGGCGCCAGCGAGGUGGCGAUCGAGCAACGAUUCAAGAGCGCCGAAUGGCCUGUCAUGGUAUACGUCGGAGACAUAGGCGAGCUCAGGACACCAACGUCGGUGCUGGCCGAUGCUACAGACGAAGAGUGGCAGAAUUUGAAUGAGGUUGUGCUGCCUGCCAACGUGCCAUUGACAGAUGUCGAACAAAUAUGCAAGGAGGCUAGAGCACGUCUUGGAGAGAGAGGCCAAGUCUUUGAGGCAUUGCGCAAACAGCUUCGAUAUUUCGGCGGCAGACAGAUCAGGAAUGUUGCGACACUGGCAGGCAACAUCGCCACUGCGAGUCCGAUCUCCGAUGCCCUCCCCGUGCUGAUGGCCUCCAGGGCCAAGGUCACCAUUGGAAGGCUAGUAGAGGGUACUGGGGCUAUCUCUGAAGAGCAGGUGCUACUAUCAGAUUUCGUGAAAGGAUAUCGACGCACGACCUUGACUACGGACAUGCAGGACGGGGUUCUCACAGCAGUCCGGAUCCCUUUGCCGCCUCUUCACAGCGAUGGAAAGGAAGUCAUCAAGGCUUACAAGCAAUCAAAACGCAAGGAGGACGAUAUUGCGAUCGUGACUGCAUGCUUUCUGUGGUCUGCACCCUCCACUCUCGAUAUGGCUCUGGACUCUCUCCAGAAAGAAUUAUGGCUCCCCUUCGAUGUCCCGGGAGGGAUGGCACAAUACAGGACCACACUGGCCUGUUCACUCUUCCUGCGAUUCUGGCACGAGUCGAUGGGCCGUCUUGGCAUCUCCGUGGAAUCAGCAGCGGACAUCUCUGAGCUCGAACACAGCCUUUCCUCAGGCACGCGGGACAUGCCCGCCCUCGCAGCUGAUGCCAGCACGAGAAACGCAUCCACGAUGGGGAAGCCCGUCCCACAUCUGUCAUCGCUCGCGCAGACGACUGGUCAGGCUGAGUACGUCGAUGACAUCCCGCCCCAGUCGGAUGAACUGUUCUGCGGGCUGGUCCUCUCAACUCGCUCCCAUGCCAGGAUAGUCUCAAUUGACUGGUCUCCAGCGCUGGGAUUGCCAGGUGUGGUUGGCCACAUGGAUCACACUACCCUCUCAUCGCCCGACCUCAAUUUGUGGGGCAGCCUCAAACACGAUGAGCCGUUCUUUGCGGUAGACACCGUGGACAGUCACGGCCAGGUUAUCGGCGUGGUUCUCGCUGAUACGCAAUUAGGAGCCAGAGUAGCCGCGAAAAAGGUCAAGAUCGAGUAUGAGGACCUUCCCGCGCUGAUCACCAUUGACCAGGCGAUUGCGGCAGGUAGCUUCUUCCCAUACGGCAAGGAGCUGCGCAAGGGAGACUCGGCUUUGAAACAGGACCUCAGCGGGCCUUUCGCUGCGUGUGACAGGGUGUUUGAAGGUACCACAAGGCUCGGCGGGCAGGAACAGUUCUACCUGGAGACAAACGCUGCGCUUGCUAUCCCGAAGAGUGAAGACGGGCAGAUGGAUGUCUGGUCAAGCACACAGAACACCAUGGAGACACAGACGUUCGUGUCCCAGAUCCUCACCGUGCCCAACCACAAGAUCAACGCCCGGGUCAAGCGUCUGGGCGGAGGCUUUGGCGGCAAGGAGUCGCGCAGUGUGCCUAUCGCAUGUUACUGCGCCCUCGCUGCCGCCAAGCACAACCGUCCGGCGCGCCUCAUGCUCACCCGCGAGGAGGACAUGGCGACAUCGGGCCAGCGGCACCCGUUCAAGGCGAAGUGGCGGGUCGGCGUCACCAACGAAGGGAGGCUGGUGGUGCUCGAGGCCGACUUGUACAACAACGCUGGAUUCAGCGUGGACAUGUCCACGGCGGUCAUGGAUCGGGCUCUCACGCAUGUGGACAACUGCUAUGAGAUCCCGAAUGUCUGGGUUCGCGGCCAUGUCUGCAAGACCAACACCCACAGCAAUACUGCAUUCAGAGGGUUUGGUGGCCCGCAGGGCAUGUUCAUCACAGAGAACAUAAUCACUGCAGUGGCCGAGGGACUUGACAUUCCCGUCGAUGAGAUCCGCCGCCGCAAUCUCUACGUCGAAGGGCAGCGCACCCCCUUCCUCCAGCACAUCAAUGAGGACUGGCACGUGCCGACCAUGCUAGAGCAGGUCCGCCGCAACGCCCAGUUCGACGCCCGCAAGAAGGCCAUAGGCGCAUACAACAGCGACCCCAAGAACCGCUGGAGAAAGAAGGGCAUAGCAAUGAUCCCCACCAAGUUCGGGCUCUCGUUCGCCACGGCGCUGCACCUCAACCAAGCCUCCGCGGUCGUGCAGGUCUACACGGACGGCACGGUGCUGCUCUCCCACGGCGGCACGGAGAUGGGGCAGGGGCUGUACACGAAGAUGUGUCAGGUAGCGUCGGCGGAGCUCGGGGUGCCCCUUCGGGACGUAUACACCAGCGACAGCUCGACGUAUUCCAUCGCCAACGCGUCUCCCACGGCGGCGAGCUCCGGAAGCGACCUGAACGGCAUGGCUGUGAAGGCUGCCUGCGAGAAGCUGCGGGAGAGACUAAAGCCAUACCGUGACACUCUGGGGGAGCAUGUAACAAUGAAGGAGCUUGCCAUGGCGGCAUAUCGGGACCGCGUGAGCUUGAUCGCAACCGGGUUCUGGAAAAUGCCGAGGAUCGGCUACGUCUGGAACGAUUUUGAGAACCUCGAUCCAAAACCGAUGUACUACUACUGGACGCAGGGCGUUGCAGUCACCGAAGUGGAGCUCGAUGUCCUGACCGGUGAUCACCACGACGUUGGAAAUUCAAUCAACCCGGGGCUUGAUUACGGCCAGAUCGAAGGAGCAUUCGUUCAAGGCCAAGGGCUCUUCACGCUCGAAGAGUCGCUCUGGAACUCCAAGACCGGCUGUCUGUCUACCACCGGCCCAGGGACGUACAAGAUCCCAGGCUUCGGCGACAUCCCCCGCGAGUUCAACGUGAGCAUGCUGAAGCACGACAGCGAGGGCAACGCCAUAAGCUGGAAGCACCUGCGGUCAAUCGCGAGCAGCAAGGGGGUGGGCGAGCCACCUCUAUUCCUGGGCUCAACGGUGUUCUUUGCACUAAGAGAGGCCGUCAGGGCCGCGAGGAAGCAGAACGGGCUCGGUGACAGUGGCUUGGUGCUGGACAGCCCGGCGACUGCAGAGGCACUAAGGUGUGCGGUUGGAGACCAGCUGAGCAGGAAAUGUGCGGUUGACCAGGUGAAGGAGCAGAAGCCAUUCUUCCACCGUCGCCGCCAUCAUCAUACCGUCACCGAGAUCAGCGCGAUAUCGCCAGUGAAGAUGGACAAAAACACCACUCCUCCGCCCGGGGAGCCACUCCCAGAAAAAGAAGGGCUCGAGGCGCCGGGGCCAGGCAAGGCAUCCCACGACACCGCGCGCGCCGCCCACGUCGAGCACUUUGAGAACGAAGACGCUGCGGAGCACAAGGCCCGGACGACAAGGCUCCUGCGCAAGAUCGACCUGCACCUGCUCCCCUUCCUGAUCGUCAUGUACCUGCUCAACUUCCUGGACCGCUCCAACCUCGCUCAGGCGCGCCAGGGCUCGCUCGAGGCGGACCUGGGCAUGAGGGGCACGGACUUCAACCUGGCCACGUCCAUCUUCUUCGUCGGGUACCUGCUGAUGCAGCUGCCGUCAAACAUGCUCAUCACGCGGCUGCAGCCGCGGAUCUACCUGAGCACGGCCAUGGUGCUGUGGGGUGUGGUGAGCACGUGCAACGCUGCGGCGCACUCGUUCGGCGCGCUGGUUGCCAUCAGGUUCUUCCUGGGGUUUGUCGAGGCGCCCUUCUUCCCCGGGGCCAUCUUCCUCAUGAGCUCUUGGUAUACGCGGGCGGAGCUGGAGGGGACAAUCACAAUCGGCAUAGCCAUCCUUGCCGGGUUCUUUCUGCCAAAUUACCCAGCCACUACGCCCUGGCUCAGCGACGAGGAAAAGCACUUCGCAGCAUGGCGCCUGCUUGCCGAUAUCAACGAGGAGGAUGAGCGGCAUGCGACGUCUACCAUGGCAGGUCUCAAACUGGCCCUGGCGGACUACCGGCUGUAUCUUUUUGUGCUUUUGCAGCACGUCAGUCUCCUCAGUCAGACCUUCCAGUACUUCUUCCCGUCCAUCGUUGGGACGCUGGUGCGUCUUGCUGAUCAAACAUCCAAGUUUGCGACGUUCCUUGUCUCUAUCUUCGUGACUUGGACGUCAUCCAGAACAAAGGACCGAUCGAUCCACAUCAUGUGCCUGAUGAUAGUCGCAGCAGUUGGGAACGCCAUUGCAACAGGCACAACCAACAUUGGCGCCCUCUUCUUCGCCAUGUUCCUCAUGCCAAUGGGUGCAGUGUCUGCAUACCAGAUCAUAGUCUCCUGGGUGGCCAACUCGUUCCCACGGCCACUUGUAAAACGCUCCAUCUCGAUCGCCAUUGCAAACAUGAUCGGCAAUACAGCUAGCAUAUAUGGCUCGUAUAUGUACCCGGCCUCGGCAGCCCCACGAUAUCUACCGGGAGGCACAGCAAAUACUGUCAUCUGUCUCAUGGUCGCGCUUCUGGCGCUCAUGCUGCGCUUCGUGCAUGUGAAAGAGAAUAGGGAGCUCGAGCGAUUGGAGGAGCGGGAGCUUGCAGGUGGCGGCCAGGACAGGAGUGGGGAGAGUGGGGACAGGAGGACGACCGGCUUCAGAUAUGUUUAUUGA